AUGGAAAGCUACGUAUGGCAAAUAUUAAUUUUAGGAGUGAUUUCAUGGACUACGCUAUUUCUCUUCAUGCGAAAGAUUUUACCAAAUCAUUCUUUUGAUUUCUGCAAAUCGUCUCGUUUCUACGAUCCAUGCUAUAUCGCUGUCACGUUAGCUUCUCUUUCUGUUCAUAAUUGGAGGCGUCCGAUUACUCCCUUGGCUUCAAAAUGUUCACCCAGUCAGAGUGGGACAGAACUAGUUUCAGCUCUGUGGCUGACAGAAAUUUCAAGCCCUUUCCUGCACCUAAGGGAGCUUCUCAAGGAACUUGGUUACAGGAAUACUGACCUUAAUUUGGCAGCCGAUAUAUCAUUUGCCGUGAUUUUCACAUUUGGACGAAUGAUAUUUGGUCCUUAUCUCACCUAUGCCACACUGACCGCUGAUAAUCCACUAAUUAUUCAGGUAAUGUCAUUUGGAUUACAGAUGGUGAGUGCUUUCUGGUUCUAUAAGAUUAUAAGGAUCGUGAAUUACAAGCUAGCCAGUAGUAAAACCGCAUCCAAAAAAUUUCUACUUACUCAAAAGUUGAAUUAAGCCGAUGAUAAAUUU